GUUGACCAGGAGGAUGAGGAGCCUCUACCAGAGGACGAGUUGCCAGAGUGGAAGAGGAAACAGAAAGGCAUCGACAUGUCGAAGCUGGACAUGAGCAACCCUGAAAAGUUGAUGCAGCAGACCAAGAAGGGGAAGUCACUGAUGAUGUUUGCCACUGUCGCAGGCAACCCGACAGAGAAGGAAACGGAGAAGAUCACCGGUUUGUGGCACAGCAGCAUGUUCAACGCCAACAUGGAGAUGCAACGGUACGUGGUGGGCAGCAACCGUGUGUUGUUCAUGGUGUCGGACGGGGCAAAGGCGUGGGACGUGAAGGACUUCCUGGUGCAACAAGACAACUGUGAGGAGGUGACCAUCGAAGGACAGAACUACCCCGGGAAGGGGGCCCCCAAGAAGGCUGAUGACAAAAAGAAGGGGGACGAUAAGAAGACAGAGAAGAAGAAGAAGAAAAAGGAUCGAACUGUGAAGAUGAUCCAUCACCUUGGCAUUGGUGAUGCUUGUGUCGGAGGAAUACAUGUUGACGAAUGUAGUUUGUCCUAACAGAAUCAGCAUUACGAGGCGGAAGGAUACAUGUGUUUGUGUGUUAUCUGGUUGAUGUUCUCAUGAGGUGAAGUAUGAACUUUCCUUGUGAAAACGAUGCAAAUAUUUUUUAUGGUUGAAUUACCUGUGUGAUUGUUGUUGCUGUGAUGUUCAAUAUACGUCAUUGGACAAUUUGUUCAUGAGACCCGAUUUAUGUUAAAAAGCCAAAACGUUCAGGUUGGUAAGGUAAAUAACUCAGAAAUCAAAUUAUUUUUGUUCAUUUUCUCUGAAUUUUAGUUAGUUAUGAUUCAUCCUCAGAUUAUAACUUGCUCCGUUUUGAACCUUUCAGCUGGUUUUAAUUCUUGCCAUAUGAGUAUUUUAUGGCUAUUGAUCAAGUUGAUAGCAAUUUAUGAUAAUAUAACCACUACUUUUCAUAUUUAAUCAUUUUCAAAUUUAAAUGUUUUUAUUUUUUAAAAGCCUGGCUUAACUUAAUGUUGAUUUUUCAGUAUAAUUUUCAAAUAGGAUUUAAAUAGUUAUGCCUGUACACUGAUACAAAUGUAUGUGUUUAUGCUGGAAAUCUCAGCUCAAAAACGGGGUGGUGGGGUAGCCUAGCGGUUGAAGUGUUCGCUUGUCCCGCUGAAGACCCAGGUUCCAUUCCCCACAUGGGUACAAUGUGUGAAGCCCAUUUCUGGUGUCCCCCUGCCAUGAUAUUGCUGGAAUAUUGCUAAAAGCGGCAUAAAACCACACUCAUUCUCUCUUAGUUCAAAACCACGCUAAAAAAUUAAUGUCUCAGAAAUCAUUGUCAAGCUUGCCAUGUACAUUGUCAAUAUAUAUGUCUCAAAUGUUCACAACCAACAAUGAAAAAUGUCUAAAGAUGGCCUGUUAAACUAAACAGAUGUCACUUUAAUAAGUCUCAUUCCACAGGGAGGUCUGAUAUCUUGGACCUUUGUGUAUUGGGGAGCAUGGAUUACAGAUUGUGCCCUGAACGUAAAUAUUGUACACUGUUGUUCUACUGAGAUGUUUUAAGCAUGACCUCUGAUGUAAGGUCAAUCUCUAGGAAGGGUAGCUGUGAAAUUUUAGAUGUGGUUUGUAGCUCAGGUUUUACUAAGGCCCCAAAAAAUAAAUUGUGUGUUUACAGUUUCCCGACCGAACCCAUCACAUACUUCACAACCCUAAACUUUUUUCUCUUUUUUUUUGAAAGACAGCGAAACAUUUUGCUACUCCAACAGUAUGUCCUCCCCACUGUUGGGGGGCGACCAUAUGUGACCUGUGCUCACUUACUCCUGUUUUUCAUAAAUGUUAAAUUUAGAAAGUGUUGUUGCUUCAGUUAUUAAAAUUUUAAACUGGUUUCCCCUCUUUUCUUUCAAAAUUGGUUCCUGAUAUUACGUAAAUAUGUGAUUUUAUGAAAAAAUGCGAGUGCAUUUAAAAAAAAAGUAAGAAAAAAAAAAAAAGAUAAACCCUACCUACCGACCCUGUUUUAGUAUUUCAUGUUACCCUAAACACACAUGGGUUUUUUUUUGCCUAACCGAUAUUCACUAGUCACUAAUUCACAGAUUGCUAUGUUCUGCUCAGCUUUAACUAUUCAACAUUCACCAGUCACAGGUAACUGUCUGCCAUGUGUGAUGCUGAAUUUGUAUUGGCCUCCUCUUGGUCCUGCUGGGAAUAUGAUCGAUAUUAUUCUCCUUCCUGGCUGCCAUUCCACAAAACAAUCAGUGAGAGAGAAUAAGGUUUAUUGUAGUUUCACAUGUUAUAUACACUACAUGUUCACAGAACAAUAAAAUCUGUCCAGGUAUGGCCUUUGAGACACUGAAAGUACAAUCUUGUAUAUACAAUUAUGAUAAGACAAAUUAAGACAUAAACCUACACAAUGGUUGAUGAUAAGUUGAGUAAGGCCAGACCAAUUUUAUUUCUUGUUUUACGGAUUUUUGUACUCAGAAAGCCUAAAGGCA